AUGACGUUUGUGGAGGCUUUUCUGCUGAUUUUCGUCGCCCGUCAUGUCGUUUGUGGUGAUUUUUUUAGAUUUCUAUAAAUUUUUGAGAUUAAAAAAAAACAAAAAAUAAAGAGGAUUUGAAAAGGAACAGAUGAAAUCAGAAAAAAUCAUUAUAAUCUAGAGAGACUCAUUUUCAAUACUUACAUCCAAACGGAACAGAGCUUUUUAAAGUUAAGAAUUUUUUUAAAUUUUUCGAUCGGAAAAAUUCCGGUAGUAAGAUUCCAGGAACGGUUCUAGUCUCCAUUCCCAUUUCCCAGUUAAAAAACUCGGAACGAAAGAUUUUUUUUAUCAAUUUUUUGAAGCUCUUCUAGUUCCCACCUGAGCGUUCCAUGACGACCUUACCUUAAAAAGAAACAAAACGACGAGGAGCGGAACGGUAGGGACAUGAAAAAGGGCCGACCGACGCAAAUUCCAAAGACCGUUUUACGACCCUUUUUUGGUGGCGGCAAAAAAAAUUUAUCGCCCAUCCGUUAACGAUCCGAUUUUUGUUUUGGGUUUUUGAGAAGUUUUUGAAGGGGUUGAAAACAGGAAGUGAGAGUAGAAAAAUGUUACGAGAAAGACAAAUUUCAAGUUUGCAAUUUUAGUUUACGAAGUUUUGAAUUUUAGUCCUCAGCUCUGUUUGAAUUUUUAAAUUUCCGACGAUUUUCUGGUGUGAAGUUUAAUAAAAAAUGAUUCGUCCAGGAAGAUUAGCCGUUCUUAGUAAGCUCCGCCCAUUUUUUCGCGAAUUUGCAAGAUUAACCACGUCUACCUUGCAUUUCAGUUGAUGGCUGUAAUUCUUUAUUUACAGAAACUCUUUAGGAGCCACUAGAAAUGUUGAAAGCUUAACUCAAUAAGCCAACUGGAAGCUCAUCAAAACUGUCCUAAACGCCUGGCUCCAUGAAAUUGCUUAAGGAAUUACUACAAUUGCUAAAAGACCAAGUGGCAACUUAAGGAGGCCGCUAAAAGCUCAUUAAAAACAUAUUAACAUUAUCAUUACGCAGAAAACGCUAUGAAAAAAUCGUAAACUUGUUGCUACGGAGUCAUCGGAACUGACCCUAAAGUUCCCACUCCACUAAACCACUCAAGGACUCACUUGCAAGUGACUGAAAAGGCAAUCAUCCUGUCGCCUCCCCACCAGUUGCUCUGGCUUAACUCAUUAGCGGCUUAGCGCAAUUGGUCGGGUCAACUGGCUGUGACAUUUGAGCCGCGGCUGAAAAUGGGCCUCCAGCUGCAAUUUCGGACGGCGUCAAGAUGCUUUUCGAGGGAGAAAAAGUUUGUAUGGAUCCUCCUCGUCUCUGGAGACGAUUGUAGUACAACUCGACUCAUUUCCGGAGAGUUUUGAGCGAUUUAUGGCCUCUCGAUUGUUGCUGGAAUUUUAAGUGUCGCGUUUUCGAGGAAUUGCAGAGGGGCGGAAAUGGUAGGAUUGUUAAAAUAAUGGUCUGAAAACAAGAAAAUGUUGCGGUCACAGUAAGUUUUCACGGGUUUUGAGCGUUUAAAGUGAGGAAACUUGUAAUUUAAUAGACGGAUCGCACUCGGAAUGGCUAGAAGCGUCGCGGUCACGUUGGAAGUGCUGUGAUAGUGAAAUAAGGGACCAAAAAACAAAUUAGAAACGCAAUUCCAGUACAUUUUUCCAUGGAAAAAAUUAAAAAACGAGUUACAACUCUUCUUUUUAAAUAUAAAGUGUGAAGUUGGAAAAAAAACCUGGUUGCACGGAAAAAGACUCAAAACAUCACGGUAGCUUUCUGGUUGAAAUUCGAGUUUUCUGAAUGAACUCUUUUGGAUCUUCUCCCUGAAAAGUGUUUUCACUGUUAUGAAUCGAAUUUCAAUGCAGUAAUAACCGUUGACGAUGAUUGAUUUUGGCGCGAAGAAGAGCCGGAUUUGAGCCGAAUCCGCCCCUCAAAGGCCUAAUUGUUUCAUUGUCUCCGCUGCUCCCCUCUUUGCAAAAAUCACUUUUGAUGAGCCUUGUCUUGCGAGAUUUAUAAUGGAGGGAAGACGGGAUUAGAGGGGUGGAGAAAGCUGUGAAAAAAAACUGGUGAAAUAGACUUGAAAAGUUCGGCGUAUGUUCGCUCUAAGGAGAAAGACUCUAUUUUCUCCUUUUUAAAGUUUUUUUUUUUCAAAAUGCAGAUAGUUUUUUGUGUGGGGUCUUUUUUUCUCGAAUCCGAAUCCAUACGAAAUUUCUCGAAUUUCGGUCCUAAUUUUUGUUAAAUAACAUUUUUUGCAGCCGACUAUGGCCGGGAGAUGCGGGCGACACGGAUGUCGGUGGUGGAUUUCUGGAAGAACGAAACGAUGGGCGACGGCUUGAACAUCAGAGUCGCCCAUGGCGUCAACAGUUGGCCUGACCUCGUCGAUCAGCUCCAUGGUAUUGAUCUCAUUUUUUUCGAAUAAUAUUUUGAUUUCACUUUGUUUCUAUAUAUGCUUUCGCAUAUGCUGAUUCAGAACUCCUAGAAGAAGGACUAUUUUUGCUUUUUAGUAGAGUUUUGAAGCCAUAAGGACAUCAAGCUUAAUCACGUCAAAAAAAUCAAAGAAAACAAAAAGGACCUCGACGCAACGAAGCGUAUACUUGGCGCAAUAUUGAGACGCAAGGUUGCGCAACGGCAAAUCUUUCAUUUGCACAUUCGGACGCGACACCGCCGCUCAAUUACACGUCUGCCAGAUCGCUGCGCGCCGAUAAUUACCGUUUUGUAUUAAGUAGGGAGAUGUCGCGAGAUGGGCUUUUUUUUCAAGGGGAUAUGAAGCUUCAGUUUGAUCGAGUUGAGAAAUGGGCUGAAGGGGAGGACAAAUUUUUUGUUGGAUUUUUUUAAACAACUUUUCGCAGAACUUUUUUUUUGUUGAUUUUUUAAAAUUUUCGUAAGUUUUUAGCGUUUUAAAAUUUUUAUCAAAGUCGAUUUUUUGAUAAACUCUGUAAGAUUCAAAUUAAAAAUGUACAUUUUUUGUGCGAGGAGUAGCAUAUUUCUUUAGUUUUUCUCGGGAUCUAACCAACGGCGGAUAGAGUAUUAUGGAGAGGAACGCAGGAAUAAACUGUUUUUCCCGAUAUUUUAGAUUAUAAAAGUUGCAAAAAGUUUAUUCCAGAACCAUUCCUGAACAAGUCAAUGAUGAUCGAAGGCGACGUGUUUCUACAAGCUCAUCGAAGACCCAGACAUCGGUAAGAUUUUAAGAUCGAUAGUUCUCCUCAAACAAAAAGCACCUCUAGUAUCGCUAAAAACUCAUUACCACUUUUAAAAAAUAGUUUUCAGAGCGAUCCCUGUAAUGAGGGCUGACACGAAAAUGGCUGAUCGGAUCACUUUCAAAGAAUGGCUCAGGGAAGUCGCCAUCAUGAAAAAGGGUAGGCUGAAGUUUCUUUAGUUUGAUAGCUUUACAGAGCUUCCAUUCGAAACACCCGAAAAGCUAUGUUUCUUGAGUUUAGCUCAAAUGAAAUACUCUAAAAGCAGUAAGGACGGAUUCUUGUAAAACAGAUUUUUUAAAUUUCGGAGACGGUAAAUAUGUUUUAUUCAAAGAAAGGAGGAAGUUUAUAGGCUUCAAACUUUUUGAAGCUCGUCUACUCCUCUUUCUGAUUACAGUGAGGAACUUCUGCAAAGUACCUAGGAUAAUUAUUCUUUUUGGCGACCCACUGACAUGAGAGCUGAUGAAAAAAAAAACCUUGAAAAACCCGCUGUGAUUUCUAAUUGAAUAAGUUCAACCAUCACUGCUUUGUGCUUCUUGAUCAGUGUCGAUCAUAUGACAAAAAAAUAGAGACUGAUUCUUGGCGCCCCGCUGAGCCGGGGAAUUCUAGCUUUCAUGUAGUUUUGGUAGAUUUUUUUGGAACCGUGUAGGGAAAUAUAUAUAAUGUUUAACAGUGAUCCGACACUCGCACCACAUCAACUUUUGAUCAGAGUUCAUUUUUAUUUGAUUCGAAAGCUUGAACUGACUUUUUUUUUUAAAAUAUCUUUGCUCUAGGCUCGUGAAAAUUCAACAUUUCAAAUCAAAUUCGAUUUUAUUAAGAAUUUCGAUUAAUUACUGGGAAACUGAAGUGUGUCCUAAAGGGAGUUUGAGAUUUAGUGGGACCUAUAGGGAGUGUAUGAACACCUCCUAAAGGGAAUAACUUGGUAGAUCCCCAUAGGAGGUCCUUUAAAACCCCUUUGUCGUUUGGGAAAUUUCCCUAUUGGACCCACUUCAGCUUUUCCCAGUAUGUUCAACCCCACAAUUUUAAAUUUUCGCCCGUUACAUCAUGAAAGUGUCAAUCAUUAUUUUGAGCCAAAAUCUUGAAUUCAAUAUUUUUCAGCUUUUUUGUGAGACUAACCAUUAUUUUAAAGGAAUUAUGUUUAACCGCGAAUAUUUUUCACAGUUAUUUUUGAUCAUUAUACCAGUGUCAAUCACAUGACAAGAAAUACAGACUGAUUCUUGGCGACCCGCUGAGCCGAGAAAAAAAAGAGAAAGACUAAAAGGUCUCGACGAGGCCGCGCAGUUGGCCACGCCGAUGAUGGAUCGAAUCGGAUCCGCGGCAGGUUUUGUGCCAAAAGAACAUCACACCGCCCGAGAAACUAUGUAAACAUUAGCAUAACACAACAGCGGCCGCAAAAAUUUAUGAGCGCCGUUGUGAUUGUCGCGCGGACAGAAGGAGCUCUUUGAGGUCAUGGAUUUGGGGGAAAUUAGAUCGAUCGAAACAAAAAUGUGGGGUUUUUUGAUGGCUUGGGGGUACUUUUGAAGCUUUCUCUCUCUGCAAAGUUUGGAGAAUGAAUGAGGAACAGAAUAACAGUAUCUUAUAAUUGAUUGUCAAAAAAAAAUUUAUCCUCAUUAACUAGUCCCAAUAAAGCAAAAAAAAAAAUCGAAACUUUAUGGUUCAUUUUUUCUAAAGCUGUGGUAAUAUAAGCAGGACCUGAUAUUCCACCGGUUGAUAACUUCAAAGUUCAAAAUGUUGAGGGUACUGAGCGUUUCUGUAGAUUGAAGAAUUUUUAGACCAAUUAAUGUGUCAAAAUGAAUGCAAUCUUAUCCAUGAAGUACAUAAAAAAUAAAAAUCAUGAAGUAUUUUCAACCUUCUAGCCAUCAAGAUCAACUUCCGAAGCAACGAAGUCGUCAGGCCAGUCCUGCAAGAUCUGUACGCUUCCCAGGCGGAUCCAAGUUCUCCGAUCCUCCAGUACCCGGUCAUUCUCCACGCCAACGUCUUCAGGUCUCCCAGAAGUAUCGAGGUAUGAAAAUAACGAGAAUAAUGAAAAUACCACUGGAAUUGAGCCGGAAGUCGAUCCGAACACUUUUGUCGAGAGGGCCAAAAGCCUUUUCCCCGACGCGACUCUGUCUUUGGGCUGGACCAAACAGGCCGAUUUCAGCCAUUUGAACCCGAAGUACAAGAGGUCUUUGCUUCAAAAUGAAAAGAGAUCAAAGAAAAUGAAUUUUAGACUGACUUGGAGACAGCUUCUGCACAUUUUGGAGUACAUUGCCAAACUUGACCAGCCUGUCAUGCUCUCUGUUCGGCUUUCUGUUGUAAGUUUGCAUUGGGAAUCAAUUUGUGAGAGUCCAAAUUUAAGAUUUUAGCUAUUGAAAGAAGAUUCCAACCGGCUGUCUGAAUUGCAGAAUAAAUUUAUGAUUUUUUUAAAAGUCCAAGUAUAGAUAUAAAGUUUAGAAAUUUUCAAAAAAGAGGCUAGGAGUUGUAUACAAAUGCUUAUACUCAUUUUUUUAUUAGUGUUAUGAAAGUGCUGAGCUCGAAAGUUCUGAAAAAGAGAAAAAAAAAUCGAAAUUGAAAAAGUUUUGAUGAGUUAUUUUUAUUAGAACUGUGAGAUGAAUGAAUUGAAGAUCUUGAUUUUUUUCUCCAGCUGAGAGAAAUUUGAAAAAUUCUCAGGAGCCCACUUAAAAGUUUAAAAAAAUUAUUCGGAAGUAAUUUUUAGAACGUAUAUAUCAUGAAUUUUUAAUUUUUUUCGAAACACAAAAAGCUUACAGUGGAUAAUUUGAGGCUUCUCAAUCGAAAGAGCAGCUCCUUUGGCUUCUGGGCAUGGAUAAAUCCGUUUCCUUGCUCAUUUGGAGUGACAAAGAGGACAAGGUGAUUUUUGAAUUAUCCAAAAAUAAACAGCUUUUUUUAAAUGUGAAAUUUACCUUUUUCAGAUUUUGGACUGGGAGCCGAUUAUCGAGCUCCGGCGAUCUACGACGAAAAAUAGAAUUUUGUACGAUUUGGAGGCUCAGCACAGGAAAAUUCUUCAGACGGUUGCCAAUGAACCGAUUGAGGUAACGUUUGAGAAAGAUAGGUCUGAGUUAGGUCUUCAGUGAGCUUUUAGAAGUCGAUACUUCAAUUAGAAAUCGCAGAAAACGAUAAUUAAUGAUUUCAAAAGGUUUUUCAGAAAAAAAAGCGAUUAAUUCAGGUAGUAUGAUCUUUCUCUGACGUCAUUUGGAGUGUCCGAUUUUCCUACUUUUGAAAAAUAAUAAAUCAAACUCUGCAGUUAAAGCUCUAGAAUGUGCAGAACGGCUCAUCAUUUUCCUGAGACAUUUUUCGAAAAAAUAAGGUUGAUUAGACCUAAAAAUCAGAAAUAGCAACUGAGAACUUGAAAAUUAUCAAUACAGAACGCUCUUUGAGAAAAAAAAACUUUGCAAUGGAAGCUCCAGAAUCCAAACUCUAUCUAACAGAACGCUCCAUCCUUCUCCCUGAGCCAAUGGAGAGCCGUGGAGUUUGACUCGGCCUCGGCGAUGGUCUCGACGGUGGUCCGAAGCGAGAAAGGCCCGGCGUUCCUCGGCGAACCGACGGCGUUGCUUCUCUCGCAGAUUCCGCCGCCGAAGUACCCCGCCACGCAGUCCAUCGAGGGGAAGGUCCCUUUUCUCCAGAUAGAUACAGAAGACGAAAACCGACGUUUUCAGGUCCACUUUCUACCAAAAGCGAUGGCCGAAGACGUCAACGUCGACGAGAACAGCGGAAUGUCCAUUUUCUUGAUGGACAAGGUUCAGGAACUCGACUCGCCCAAGAUUCGCGAUGCUCUUCAGGUUUAGAUCUUCAUUUUAUUCAAGUCUUAUUCUGAACAUCAACGAUAAAAUGUUUGAAAUAGGUUAUUGAAGCUUCUAAAACAUUCUUUAUAAUUUUACUAAAGCGAGUUUUUCCAUUUUGUCAACACGACCUAGUGUUUGAAAAAUAUUUAGUUUUCCUUAUUUUAUCUAUUUUCUUUUUAAAAAUUGGACUUCAAAGGUUUUCGUCGGCUACGAUGGACGAGUGAAGAUUGAAAAUGCUGAGCUGAAGUCGAUGCCGUAUUACGAAUCGAAAUCUGUCGGCCAGCUGCCGCUCAGCGAGUGCUACUCGUUCAAAGGUGCUCUUUUGCAUAUUCCAAUAUGUAAUUUUCAAAAUAUUCAGUUACUGACAAAGGCUGGCGAGUCAUUGCCGACGUUUGGACGAUCGACUGUGACGGAAAGGAAAAGCGAAAAAAGCGACAUUUGAAGCUCGAAUUGGACACUCCUUUCCAAAAGUGGGGCCUUUUUUUACAAAAAGAUGAAUUCAGCAAAAAAAAACUGUCUUCAAAAUUUCGUGAUAUUUGAAAUCUUUCGAGCUCUUGAGAGAUCCAAAAAAGAUAAUUUGACGUUCUUUGAAAAACUUUUUUCAAUGAUAACUAUAGUCUGUGUGCCACUACUUGGAAUUUCAACGAACGACAUUCCGCUGUUCCGCUACGUCGCGAAGCGUCUAUGCGAACCUCGGUCUCGCUUUGAAUUGGUCCUCAUUUCUGAUAGAUGGACUAUUCCACUAGGAACACCUGUUGCUCGAGUUCUUAAAUAAAAUUAAAAAUUAAAAAGCGGCCGAGCACGCAGCGGAACAGCGGAAUGUCGUUCGGUGAAAUUCCAAGUGGUGAUACACAGUCUAUAAUUUACCUUUUUUGAGAUAUCUUGAUGCUUUCAUGUAUUUAUCGGGAAAUGUUUCCUAUAAAAAAAAUAAUGAUUCGAUAAUUCAGAGGAAGAUCGCUACGGAACGUGGUGGUCACGAAGUCGGGAGAUGGCGCCAUCGACUUCCUGCUCGACGAGCUUCGCCACAGUUCGGCUCCAUUCUUGCCGUCUUUGGCUUUGAUCACAGCUUUUAUGGUUAUCAUCCGGUUAUUGUAGAAUCUCUUGUUCUUUUGUUUUAUUUUUUUUCUUGUUUGUUUUUUUUAAUUCAAUAUUCUCAUGGUGCUACAAUAUGAUAGGUGCAAAUGUCUUUUGAUUUUUCCGUGGCGGAGAACAAUUUUGGGAGCCGAGGUUGUUUUUCUCGGCUUUUUUGAAUUUCGUCUUAUUUUUAAAGUCCGGCCAUUUUUCUGAUUUUUAAAGCUUUCCUCAGCACCUCUGUGAUAAUCCGUUUCUCAUUUACCUGCAUUUCCGAUAGUUAUCUUUAUUCACUGCCCUUUCUAAAGCCUUUUUCGAAACUUUCGAAGGACCACUGAUAUUUUCCCCCUACAAAAACCUUUCCCGAUGCGUGUAUUCUCCAUUUUCAUAAAACCUCAACUGAAAAGAAAAUUUUCAUAAACUUUUAGUUCUUGCACAAAUGAAAAGCGAUUGUUGUCGAAAUAUCUGAGAAAAAAGUGGGUCAUUUUCUACUUCUUUCAGAACGAAUUUUUUUUCAAGUGGAGUUCCCGAUGACAAAAGAGAUCUAGUUUGCUGUACACACCACGGAGUCGAAUCGAACUGCGAACUUCUUCAAAUUGCCCACAAUUAG